GCAUGACAGUGAUUGGUUGUUGUCACAGGAAGAGGCAGGAUUGGAAUUUGUUUUACGAUUGACACAAAGGCCUAAAAUGAAACCAGGAAAACGGUUUCCUGUCUAUUUGACCGAAGUAGAGUACAAGACAACCUAAUCAUACAUGUACUGUACUCUAGAUCUGUCCCUGGAUACAGACCUAUACAGCAUAUUUGACCAGAGUGGACCAGUGUGUUCUAUAGCACUGUGCUGGAUACAUCUGCCCCCAACACAGGGUUAAGACAUAUACACCUUCAACAAUUAUGGCCAGCGCAGCAUUACAGUACCAACCAUUGUCUGGACCAUUGCCAGCCUCUUUGAUUUCCUUUUCAAGAUCUAGUGUUGAUCAGGAUUUAUCAUUACAAAAUAAUACCAACAGAAUUUAUUCGCCUCCACUACGUUACACUGACAGCUCUUGCAUUCAGGUAAAUAACGUUGUGACAGACAAACCACACAAUGACCCUGUGACAGAUGCCUCACUUUCUGAAUCUAUGGAUGACCUUGAGACUGAUGGCCUAGACAAUCAAGAAAAUCUUUCAUGUAAUCUGUAUUUGGAUGAUGAACAUAAAAGUAAUAACUUGAAAUCUGACAUAGAAAAUGAUAGGAUCAACUUUGUGGAUGAGUCUCAAGAAACAGCGGUAAAGUCUGUACCAGGGGAAUCAUGUGACCAAUGGCCUCAGGAAAAUGGAUGUGCCUUUAAGGUCAAAGCAGUAGACAUGGACAGGAGACAGCCAACGAAAGAAACGGUUGAGAAAACAAUAAUUAGAACACAUCAAGAUUUCGUGUCAGCAGAAUACAGACAUGACCAUUUGUAUAGAGGACGAUGUUUGAUUGUCAGUAAUUCGGAGUUUCGAGAUAAAAAAAAUCGACCGAAAAGGGACGGAUCAUUGAGAGAUGCCAGAACUCUGAGAAAUCAAUUUCUGGCAUUGGGGUUCCAUCCAAUAAGGACUAAAGAUGGAUCAGAUGAAAUGAUUCAUCAGAAUUUGUCUCCGGAAGAUCUACUACAGAUAUUAUCAGAAGUCACAGAUCCAUCGCUGAAUGACCAUUCCGACUAUGACUGUUUUGCGUGUGUGAUCUUGUCCUAUGGAUUGGAAGGUGCAGUAGUUUGUCCAGGGGAAACUGAGGAUGUAUACCUGGAGAUUAACUCCAUUUUAGAACAUUUUACACCUCAGAAAUGUCCUUCCCUUGCAAUGAAACCUAAACUUUUCUUCAUACAGGGCUGUACACCGUAUGAGAUUAUUCAAAAUCAAGCAAUGGCUAAAACACCAUCCUCUACAACUUGGUGUCCAAUGAUGAAAACUGUUAUCCCUUCAAUGGCCGACUGUCUCGUACAGUUCUCAGGAGUAGAUGGCUGUCUUGGCUGGGGAAGGAAAAGAAAUCGUGGAUUGUCUUACUAUGUGCAGGCCUUAUGUCAAACUCUCAAAAAGUUUUGUAUUUUGAAACUUGAACAAGGCCAAAAAUCACAGGAAAUGACUUCUCUCCUUCUCAGAAUCAAUAGAGCAUUUACGCAUAUCUUAGAAGACUCUGACAUCGAUAUGGACGAGACGUAUUGUGUGCCUUUAACAUAUUCUACUUUAACAAAGCAGAUGUAUUUCUAUCCUAAGUCACCUCAAGAUGACCUUGAAACAGGUUAACUUCACUUCGUGACAUUUCAGUUAAUUAUGUAACUAAGCAGACAUAUUUAUAUAUAUUACACCUCCAAAUGAUCUUGAUACAAAUUAACCUGACUUUGUGACGAUUCAGUUUAUGCUAUAAACUCCUGAUGAACAGAUACAGGUAACCUUAUCGAAUUACAAUUCUCUAGCUACUUUUAAUUAACUAGAUGAAAUUUCAUCUUAAAACGCCUCGAAAAUGGUAAUGAUGAUGGUAUAAGUCUGUGAUCUAUAUCUUCUGAAGGAUGUCCAGGGCAUCCAGUAGACCCUUGAGAGUAUGUUUUUGACUCCCUAAAUUGAGAUCUGACUCUUGGGUUGGAAGGGACAUCUAUUUGACAUAUGUUUUGACCCUUCAGAUUUCUCAGAAAUAGUGAUUUGACUUCUGAAAUUGCUAAAAGUCAAGGGUCAACUGGAUGCCCUGAUGUCCACUUUCCUCUUGUGAUAUUAUAGCUCACUGGUUUAAAUCGUACAGACCUCACUUGGAUCAUUUAGCUCCAGUCCAUGGAGAUUGGAUCAUUGUGCUUCAUUCAUGACUGAAAUAUUUUCAUUGAUGGAUAUAUGUGGAAAUUUAUUGAAGGAUCAAGAGAGAGAUGGGGAAAAUUGUGUGAAAAUUGACACGUAAUCCAAAAACGUCUCAAGAAAUGGAAAUAUGUACCUGGUACAUGUAUGGAGAAAGUGUACCAUGUCCGAACAUCCAUAGAUGUGAAUAUUACUGAUGAACUGCAUACUGUGAUAUAUGUCUUUAAAUAGACUUUGAUUGUGCAAUAUUGAUAUAAUUCACUUUAGUCUGAACUCUUGAGACUUUGCAAAAACAUGGAAAUCAUUGUUAUAAUCCAAAACAUCUGUAAAGCUGAUUUGAGAGAUGAGACAAAAGGCACCUUUAUAGUUAGCAUGCCUUCAUGGCAAUGGUUUGUGAAUCCAAGCAGGUGACUUUUAUAGACAAUUUUUUGUGUGAUACAGAUGUGCUUUUGGAGAACAUUGACCAAUAAUUGUCAUAUAGUUAAAGGAUUAUUUUUACUUCUUUAAAUGCAUAAUUUUUCUAUGCUUUUGGAAGAUUUUCAGGGGAACAUACGCAUGCAAAUGUAUAUAUAAUUGCUGCUUUGUCUAUCCAUCUGUCUUUCUUUCUGUCCUUUUCGUGGCCCGAUCAUGAAACUUGGUAUGUACAUCAGUUACACUAAGACAAUGUGCAGUGUAUAGGAUUUAAGCCCACACUCCACAGCAUACCCUGCAUUUACAGAGUCAAGCAAAACUUUGCUCACAGUUACUAGUAAGCAAAGAUCAUAUGAAACUUGGUUUGUACACAUACUUUAGACAACUAUUAAUCUGUUUUAGCAAAUACUGAAAUUGGAAACAGCCAAAGAAAGACUUUUCUUUUCAUUAUAAUGUUCACAAGAAUUACUUACCAUUACAGAACUUGUUCCUUACAAAUGACAUACUUUAAAUAACAAUGAAAUAAAAGAAAAAUAGCCAUAAUGUUUAAGCUACCGUCUUAGAAUAUAUGCUUUAAACUUAAAACUUCAUAUGAAGAGGAACUGUAUAUGCUUUAAACUUAAAACUUCAUAUGAAGAGGAACUGGACUGGGCUGAGUUUCGGUGGUCAGGUAUGCAUUGAUAGCUCAAAUGAUUGGGCCGCGGUGGCCGAGUGGUUAAGGUGUCCCGACACUUUAACACUUGCCCUCCACCUCUGGGUUGCGAGUUCGAAACCUACGUGGGGCAGUUGCCAGGUAAUUAAAAGCCUUCCUCAAAACUGUUUGAGUUAUAUUUCAUAUGUUUUAUUGUAUUAUAAAAUUAGAUUAACAUUCCUAUUUCUGUAUACCUAUAUAUAGUUAUUGUUUUUGCCUAUUUUAAGGUUACAAAAGGCAGUUGAUACCAACAAAUUGGAAUUCAUGAGGAAAACAGCUCAGGGAAUAAAAUUUACAUUAGACACCUAUGGAAUUCCAGAUUCUCAUGACAAAAAGACAGAGUUUUAACUUCAAUUCUUCAAAUGGGUCAUCCUCUUACCCUUCAGACACAUCAGCCAAUUGUCACAGUGGGUAAUAGCAAUUGACUUUACAGAGCAGUGUCUAGGAGUCUGUACAGAAGUGAGGACCACCAUAUAAAAUAUUAUUGAGUGUCAUGGAGAUAUCGUUAAACCCACAGCAUUAUGGCUUUAGCACUGCUAAUUUCAUUGACUCUGUACACAGUGUAUAUAUUGUUGUUAGCAAUUAUAUUCCACUUAUUACAGCAGCAGUUAAAAAUGGUGGCUUUUCAGAGAUGUUGCACAUGUAUACACUUUCUGCUGUCUCUGGAUUCAUUUUAAAUUCAUUCUUCCCACCGACGGACCUGAUCAACAACAUGUCUAGUGCGUUUACAAGGAGAGUGAUAGGCCUCAGUUUCAGACCUUUUCCUUACGUUGACCCUAUUAUCAUGUGGACUUUAACCAUUAUGUAUCGCAGGGUUAACCAUUUUCGAGCAAACCACUUUGUUCACCUAAGCAGGUUGUCGAAUAUGCAAGAUACUCUGUCAGUGGUGGAUUUGUCAGAUUACAAAGAGGAGGAGAAAAGGGCAACUAUAGAAACUCUAACAAAAGCACAACAUCACCAAUUUCUUCUGAUACAGAUUCUGAAUCAGACGAACAAUCUUCCUCUCUUAUGCCAUAUUCACCUGUAAAACAGCUUCAACCAUGUGUUGAGAUAGAUGGACCUUCAAUUGGACACUUGCCAGAAGGCAACUUCCUUCAUGCACUCUCAUGUGUUGAAGUUAUUGCGAAUUCGAAGUCAACAGCUGCACUUCCAAGUGUCCCAUUUGGCCAGAAGGAUAACGUAUAUUUUAUACUUGUUGAUUCUUCUAACAAGGAACGUAGGACAACAGGAGAACAGAACCAGUUCUGGGAUGACUGUGGAGUGUAGGUAAGGUCACCUGGAUGGUCACCGAAGACAUAUUUCUUGAUAAAGGAAGACAACCAAAUACUUACACAUGUGGUGUUCAGGAACGGAUUGAUUUGUAAAGAGAGACAGGAAAACAAUAAAAAAAAAGUCUUCAUUCCAGUGAGCCAUCAACCAGAACCAGACGACUUACUCAUUCUCCAACGUUACUACAGCUGUAGUAAUGAGUCAUCUCAGUACAUGCGCAGAGUAACCUAGAUUGAGCAUUCUCACGACAAAUUUCUUCAUGGAAAAUCCAACCUGGCACUUGUUGAGUAUUCAGGCAAUUUUUCGGUGCAAUCGGUGCACGGAAAUUCGAAAACGAACAAUAGGCCAUACAGGUGGACAAAACUGGAAGUGUUGUAAGAAAUCGGAGAGCUGUCGGAAACAUUUGGUCUUCGGAAUGUGUAUGACAGGAUGCACCACAAAAACCAAGAUCAUGUAAUGCUUCCAAUGUCUUUGUAGCAGGUUCGAAACAAGAAGGCGCAGCCGGAUAGAAGUACUCCAUAUUCAGGGAAUUUUGCAGACAACAUUGCAACUCUUGUUGCCAUUGCCAAGAAACACCAUUGUAUUAAGAAUGUUGUGUUUUUCAAUUAAAAAAAUCCCUCUGAACACAAAAAACCAAAUUCUGGACAUUGAGCGCUUCUGUACAACAGACCACAGAUAUGGGGGUUUGCCAAAACCAACUUGGGGGAUGGUUUUGUCACCACAAGUGUGUUUAAACACAAAGGUGUCAAGGACAGGGUAACAUAUGAUCAUCCUCUUUGUCUUGGACCAGUUUUCCUGCACGGAAACUCUGACUUUGAGACCUACAACAUACUUUUUUCAAUUUUGUGCGAAGUUCUCUGAGCAGGAAUCUUCUCGAAUGACCAUUAGAUCAGACGAUGAGACUACAAUGAGGAAAGCAAUCCAGCGCCGGGUUUCCUCUGCCUGUAUUACUGCCUGCACCAGCCAUCUCAAACCCAAUGUAAAGGGAUACCUUGCAAAGUAUGUACCUACAACCGCUGCUGAGAGGAAGGACAUAAUAGAAAUUAUCUUCGGUGUAAAUGGUAUUACAGCAUCUGAAGACAUGGAUGUGUUACGGUACCGUGUAGACACAGCUUUGUCGCAGUGGACAGGCCUUCUCAGAUUCAAUGAACACUCCCGGAAGCGAUUAAUUCCAAUCCUUCAGGAGAACGUGUGCCCCAGCAGAGAAGAACAAUGAAAAACGCAUGGACCAAUAACUGUGAGUCAAUCAACCAUGAAGAUGAAAGCAGACUGGAAGCAGUUGAAACUGGUUGAUCUGGUUGCUCGGAUCUAUGAACAUGUUGAUGCAAAAUAUCAGAAUUCGAAGGAUCACUAAGUCACUCCCGAUAUUUGGUUUAGCAAGACUGAGGAAGUAAGAAAUGCAGCCUGAAAGAAGUUCAUUGCAGACCAAGG